AUGCGUCUCCUUCGCGACAUCGCCAUCGCCGUAACGAUAGUAGUCUCCACCAUCACCUCCGUAGAAGCAGGCAAUCUGCGUGGCAGUGUCAGCGUCCCCAAAUACAACUGCGGCGCGCCGGCUUCGGUCUAUCAAGGCUCCGUGAAAUACUCGAGCACGGCACCAGGAUCAACAGCCACGUACACGUGUAUGAAGGGCACCAACAUGAAAGGCCCAGCGACAAUCCGUUGCACGAACCAAGGUAUUUGGUCACCACAGCCGCCCGAAUGCCGCGUCACCUACCUGGCGUCCAAAGACAACACUUACAAGAACCACGACACGGGCUACCAGUUGUACUCCGGUUGA